AUUUGGUAUUUCAAAUUUCAAAACCCUCUUGAAAUCAAAAACAAAAUUGGCAUACUUUUUCCACUCCACUCCAUCUCUCUUUCUCUCUCAAACGCACACAAUAGUUGGCAGCAAUGGUGCUGCUAGCUGCCAGCGGAGGCGACACCGUUAAACUUUUCGACGUCUCCGUCGAGUCAGGCGAUCCUUGCACUCUCAGUUACACUCCAUCGCCUGGUUGUCACGUUAACUCCGUUAAGUGGAAUCACACAAAUUUGGUGGUUGCAAGUGCGGGAGAAGAUAAGAAGAUUGCACUUUGGCGUAAAAAUGGCCAGAGUUUGGGGAGUAUUCCCUUUUUAGGGUCUGAAUCUGGUGACAAUAUUGAGGAAUGUAUAUCAUCCAUAAAUUUUAGCAACAAAACCUCUAGAUACUUGUGCUCAGGGGGAAGUGGUCAAGUCGUGAGAAUAUGGGAUCUACAGAGGAAGCGCUGUAUUAAAUGGUUGAAAGGUCACACUGGCUCAAUAUCAAGUGCAAUAUAUAAUUGUAAAGAUGAGCACUUGGCCUCCAUUAAUGUAAAAGGAGAUCUUAUUGUUCACAACCUUGCCUCUGGUGCUAAAGCUGCUGAACUGAAGGAUCCUCAUGGACAGGUGUUAAGAGUACUUGAUUACUCUCGGGUUAGCCGGCAUCUCUUGGCAACAGCUGGCGAUGAUGGCUCCGUGCAUAUGUGGGAUACAACUGGUAGAAGUCCAAAGGUCUCUUGGUUAAAGCAGCAUUCUGCACCUACGACUGGUCUUAGCUUCUCCCCUUCAAAUGACAAGAUAAUUGCUACUGUUGGUCUUGAUAAAAAGCUGUAUACUUUCGACUCAGGUACGAAAAGGUCCUCGUUUUGCACUUCUUAUGAAGCUCCUUUUUCUUCACUGGCGUUCAGAGAAGAUGGCUGGAUAUUGGCUGCUGGAACAAGCAACGGUCGUGUGGUUUUUUAUGAUGUUCGUGGAAAACCACAGCCUUUCACUGUUCUUCGUGCUUAUGGAAAUUCAGAGGCGGUCACAAGUUUAUGUUGGCAAAGGUCAAAACCUAUUGCUGUCAAUGAAAAAAUCUGUACGGCUGAGGUUGCUCUUUUAGGAGGGGCGGUGGAGGACUCAAUUUUAAUGCCUGACCCACUUCCUUCAGCAACCUUAUCCAGUGUUUCACAAACAACAACUUUGCUCGGUCCUCGGCGCUCAAGCUCUGCAGUGGAAUCAACCUUACCUGCAAUAAGUGCUGGAUCUUCAACAAAUAAUAAUUUUUCUUCAGAGGAAACGCCUCAUAGAAGCUCACUGUGGGCAGGUGGAGCAUUGCCAAGGUUGCAUGCUACUCGGAAUUAUAACUUUAAGGAUGACAUGGAUGUUUUUUCCCCACUUGUGGAUGUUCAGCCUAUUACACCCUCACUUGAUAAGUUGUGGAAUGAGCCUGAUGGAGCAAGAAGAGAUCCACCUGGUGAUAAAAAAACCUCCCCACUGUUCCCCAAUCGGAAAUUUACUCUCUCAGAAGGUGUCAGUGAUGUGCACCCAAUUUUUGACUGGAAACCUGGUUCAGCUUCUAAACAGGAUGACAUCCAUUCAAUGCUACCUGGUUCCACUCCCACUGUAUCUUCCAGAAGUGACGAUUCUUCAUCUAUUACUCCUCCAGAAGCGUGGGGUGGUGAGAGACUAUUAGAUAAAUUUUCCCAUCAUCGUCAACCGGGAAUUCUGCCAUCGCGUUUCAGUAUGUCAACAUCUGGCAGCACGUCAACUCUAAUGUUCACCGGAUUGCAAGAUCCAUCUGCAAGUCAGUCAGCCAUGAGUUACUCCGCAAGCGCAAGUCUUAUUUCAACAAAAGAUAUAUCAUCUAGUCAAGAUAAUUCCCCUGGAACUUUUGGACAUGUUCCCUUUAGCGCUCUCUCUUUGAAUCUUGGACCGAAAGCUGUAACCAGCCAGACGAAUCCUGAAGCUAUUGGACCAUCAUCUUUGAAUAUGUCUCGUAGAUAUUCCACCUAUGCUGAGAGGAUAAGUUCUUCCGCGUCCUUUAAUGAUGGUGUUUCUGCUUCAUUGGGCUCGCCUAAAAUAAAGAAAACAGGAGCUGAAACUCGGGAAGAACUUCAGAAUAGCUUGUUGGCCAGAUCUGAUACAACAUAUGCCUCUGCUGAACCAGGGCUGCCUCCGUCUAGUAAUGGAACGCCACAUCUACAGCAGAGAAUACCUCAGGCUGAUCUGCAGCAGGGGUCCUCUAAUUUCACCCUUCAACUAUUUCAACAUACACUUCAAGAAACCCUUUCAUCCUUCCAGAAAUCAAUGCACGAAGAUGUGAGGAACCUUCAUAUUGAAAUACUAAGGCAAUUUCAUAUGCAAGAGAUGGAAGUGUCAGGUUUUAUGAAUUCAGUUCUGGACAAACUAGGUUCACUAACAGAAGAAUUGCAGGAUUUGAAGAAAGAAAACGAACGGCUUCGCCAAUUGCUCUGAAAGUUCAGUAUGUCUUUUUUUUUUUUUUUUGGUGGGGGGUGUUUGGUUGUGGGCUUCCAUUUAUCAAUGCUUUUUUGGUCUGUCUGUAUAGAUGCAUCACUGAGGUUGUGGUGCAAUUUCUUUUUUCUCUUUAAAUUCCCCUCGAUUUCCUGAGUCUAGACUAUCAUUAUUUUUAUUUUUAGUAUUAUUUACUUUUCAGCUAAGCUUAACAUGAAAAUGUGUAAUGGUAGUUAGAGAAAGUGAGUGCUAGGGUUACAAGGCUUUUCUCGAGGGCUUGAAUUGUGUGAAAAAUAACAUAUGCUAAUCAUUUUCAUUUUCCAAUGAAGCUGUUUGGUGGUUGAUUGAGGAA